AUGGUGCCCCGUUCUCCUCGAUCCUCUCGGGGGCGCUCGCCAAGUUCUCAUCAUGACAGAGGUCGCUCACGUUCUGCGCAUCUGAAAUCGCCCGAUUCGCGAUCGCGUAGCAUCACGCGCAGUCCUACUCCUGCACGCGAGCGACGUUCAAGGAGUCGCACUCGGUCUUCUUCUCGAGGUCCUGCCCGAGGAAGCCGUCGUUACCGUUCCCGAAGCUACAGCCGCUCGCUGAGUCGAGAUCCUAGCCCUCCACGGAGCUCGAAGAUCGUGGUGGAGAAGUUGACCAAAAAUGUGACCGAAGGCCACCUGCAUGAAAUCUUCGGCAGUUUUGGGGACAUCGAAUACCUAGAUCUCCCAAUCAAUCGAUCCUUCAUGACCAACCGAGGCACUGCUUAUAUCACCUACUUCGAUCCAGCAGACGCAGAGGCUGCAAUUUCUCAUAUGCACGAAGCGCAGCUCGAUGGUGCCGUGCUCAAUGCCGGCCAUGGUUCGGAAAGAAUACUUAUGGAAAUUCACCUCCCAGACGUCAAGGCCGUGCGCGACAGCAUGAUCGACAUGAUGUGUACCGUCCCCAAUCGCUAUCAAGGUCCCGGUCUACUGUACGCUCGCGUUCUUAUAGUCGCUCCCGCUCCCCACGAAGGGCAAGCACUCGCCAAGAGAGCCCGCGACAACGCCGCCGUCGGAGUCCUAGCUAUGACAGUUAUGGUAGUCGAAGCGAUCGAAGCAGAAGUCCAAACAAAGCUCGAGGUCGGAAUUAAUCCCCCACCUGCACAAUUUUCGUCUACAUUGGCUCGCAAAGCGUUCUCCGGUGUUGGCUUUUUACAAGCGCAGAAGUGGAUGAUGUCUGAGGAAUUCCCUGAGUGCAUCUUGCUUAGAUAUCUUGACUAUUCGAUGAGAAAUCCUCCCGUUCUUUCCAUUGCCGCAUACCCACAAAAUCAACAUUUCCGUCCUUGCACGUGCUGA